ACUAACGAGUGGUUUCUUAAAGUCGCAAUGUGUAAUUGUAGGUAGACAACAGAAUAUUUUAUGUAAAGAUCUCUAAGAGACAAGGGCUGGAUUUAGUGAAAAGAAGACAUUGGGUCUGUAAAGGACGUGGUAAAAAGGGAAUUUAAGGUCCCACCGACAGAAAGAAGCUGUUUAGAGUGGGUUUGACGCCCGGUCUUCCCAAACGCGCGGUGUUCUGUUUUCUUCCGGGCCGAAUUGAACCUCUUCAGCUCCCGUAAGGCAGUGGGUCAAAAGUGCGGGUGAAAAUGGAGGUGAAUCCACCCAAACAGGAGCACCUGCUGGCUCUGAAAGUGAUGCGGCUGACUAAGCCUACUUUAUUCACCAAUAUUCCAGUAACGUGUGAAGAGAAAGACUUACCUGGAGAUCUCUUUAACCAACUGAUGAGAGAUGAUCCUUCAACUGUAAAUGGUGCAGAAAUUUUAAUGUUGGGAGAAAUGUUGACUUUACCACAAAAUUUUGGGAACAUAUUUUUGGGAGAGACCUUUUCCAGUUAUAUCAGCGUUCAUAAUGAUAGCAAUCAAGUUGUAAAAGAUAUAUUGGUAAAAGCUGAUCUUCAGACAAGUUCUCAGCGUUUAAAUCUUUCAGCCUCCAAUGCUGCAGUGGCUGAACUUAAACCCGAUUGUUGUAUUGAUGAUGUCAUACACCAUGAAGUAAAGGAAAUUGGAACACACAUCUUGGUGUGUGCCGUGAGUUAUACAACUCAGGGUGGAGAAAAAAUGUAUUUUAGAAAAUUCUUCAAAUUUCAGGUUCUCAAACCACUGGAUGUGAAAACCAAAUUUUACAAUGCAGAGAGUGACCUCAGUUCUGUGACUGAUGAAGUAUUUCUCGAAGCCCAGAUUCAGAAUAUUACAACCUCACCUAUGUUUAUGGAGAAAGUUUCAUUGGAGCCAUCUAUAAUGUACAAUGUAACAGAAUUAAAUUCCGUCAGCCAAGCUGGAGAAUGUGUAUCAACAUUUGGGUCAAGAGCAUAUUUGCAGCCAAUGGAUACACGCCAGUAUUUAUACUGCCUAAAGCCUAAGAAGGAGUUUGCAGAAAAAGCAGGCAUCAUUAAGGGAGUAACAGUAAUUGGAAAAUUGGAUAUAGUAUGGAAAACAAAUCUAGGUGAAAGGGGAAGGUUACAGACCAGCCAACUUCAAAGAAUGGCUCCAGGUUAUGGAGAUGUUAGGUUGUCUUUGGAGGCAAUCCCAGAUACCGUAAACCUAGAAGAACCUUUUCAUAUUACUUGUAAAAUAACAAACUGCAGCAGUGAAAGGACUAUGGAUCUGGUUUUGGAAAUGUGCAAUACCAAUUCUAUCCACUGGUGUGGGAUUUCAGGAAGACAGCUUGGAAAGCUGCAUCCAAGUUCUUCUCUCUGCCUUGCCCUUACGCUACUGUCUUCAGUACAGGGACUGCAAAGCAUCUCUGGCUUAAGACUAACAGACACAUUCUUAAAGAGAACAUACGAAUAUGAUGACAUCGCACAAGUCUGUGUGGUAUCUUCGGCCAUUCAAGUGGAAAGCUGAAGAAAAUUUCCAAUGUUACAGUUUUCAUUUAGUUUUGCAGAACUGCUUUCUGUAUCUUUGUCACCUUUGUAAAACGAUCAAGUCAACAAAAAUAAAUAUAUAUUAUUUAAAUUCCUGUCCUGUAAAACAGUUAAACUAUUAAAUAUUUGUUUUGAAAAAAACUGUCUACUGAUUUUAUCUUAUGUUCUAAAUGAACAUUUGUAUAUUUUCUACGCAUAUUAUCUUGUUUCAUUUGAGAUGACUAUUUAGACCAUUUGUCUCUAGCAAGUAUCUAGAAUAGGGGUCAGCAAACUUUAUGUAAAGGACAAGAUACUAAAUAUUUUAGGCUUUGCAGGCCAUAUGGUUUCUGUCACAAAUACUGAACUCUGCCACUGUAAUGCAAGAGCAGGACAGUAGGCAAAAAAGUACAGCGGCGCUUACAAAAGCAGGCAGCUGGCUGGAUUUGGCUUGCUGGCCAUAGUUUGCUGACCUCAAUCUAGAAGAUACAGUUGUUUCUUAGAACUUCAGAAUUCUCAUAAUACUUUGUUUAGAAAUAUUUCAGUUAACUCCAGGUUUUUUUCCUAGCUCCUCAGUCAACAGGAGUUUGUUUAAAAUAACAGGGGUAGUCCUAUAAUCUGUUAUUUUGCUAACACAGUAUAAGCUUUUCUAGUUGUUUUCAAAAUUACUGUAUUGAUAUGUGUCUGUGUUUGUAUAUACGUACAAACACACACAUCUCACUUUGAGGUACUGAACAGCAGAUCAGAAUUGGUUUUAUUUCUUAGGUUGUCGAUGAUUCCAUUAACUUUUAACUAAGAAGUCUAAGAAUUUUCUAAGCCCAAAAUUCCUGGGCUUUUUUCCCAUUGAAAAAUAAGCCACUUAUUUUGGUAAGGUAUAUUUAAAGAAUUCCUAGCUUCUGAUAUUUGAUCUUUUUUCUAAAAAAAACUAUUAAAUAAUCCCCUAAGAAUGUGAAUGGCAUUUGAUUUUGAACUCCACAUCAUGUAUUAUAAAACUUUAUCUUCAUGUAAUCACAUUUGUUCACCUAGGCCAUGAACAAAGCAGUUAGAAAGUUAACAGAGUUGUAAACAACUUUGCAACAUGAAUGUAACAAAAAGUUUCAAUAUUUUGUCAGGAAAACAAAAGCUUAUGUUGUUAAAUAAAAGCUAUCCUAUUUUGGUAAAUUGAAAUUCAAGAAUGUGUGUGUGUAUAUAUAUAUAUUAGUAAUAAUUUCUUAAGUAUAAGAGUGUAUUAAGUCAAAUACAAAAAUUGGUUUAUAUUAGAUGCAUAAUUAUUUAUUGCCAUGACAAACUGGUUCAAAAUAAAAGCUACAUUCAGAAGAUUUGCACCUCAAAAUGGAAUAAUAAUGAAUGAAAUGUUUGUGCAAAAUAAAGUGCAAGCAGUGUAAAAUUGAGGUCUGUCUUUCUUUCAGAAUGAUUAAGAUUGAUUAAAUGAUGAAAUAAGACUUUAUAGCCACUACACUGGGUACUUGGAUUGUUUUUCAAGUAUCAUCUCAUGACCGAACCUUCUGUUUCAAUGUGUUUCACAUCUUAAAAGUAACAUGAUGGUCACUUGGAAUCUGCUAUAUACUUUGAUUUAAUUACAGUCUUCUGUUU